AUGGCGACUCUCAGUCUGGUGCUCACUUGCAUCGCAGGCUUGGCCUCCGCUGCCGUGCUUGACAACCGUCAGGCUUCGUCCUCAGCGAGUGUUGAACAGAUCUUCCAGACCUUUCCUCAGAUCUUUGCAGGACCAACGAAGACAGGUUCGGCGCCGUUUCUGGCAGAGACCAACCCAGCUGCUUUCGGUUCGUUGAGCUAUGUUCCCAACACUCCAUUGGCAACGGCGCUGCCAAUCCAGGGAAUACAGUCGGGCCAGAACAUCUUCCUGUUGAUGGGUCAGCUCACACCGUAUCAGCCUAAUCCAGUUGGAUUCGGGUCCAACGAAUAUAGCCUGCCUCCAGGAACGAACAUUUCCCAGGUUCACCUGCUGUCUCGCCAUGGCUCGCGCUACCCAACAGGAGACUCAUCCGUGUCGAGCUUCGGCAGCAAGCUCCAUAACAUCACAAGUAACGGCACCGCUUCUUGGUCGGGAGAGCUGUCUUUCCUGAACAGCUGGACCUACAAGAUGGGAGCCGAAAUUCUUGUUCCCAAGGGCCGCCAGGAGCUGUACGACUCUGGCGUGCUCUUCUACUAUAACUAUGGUCAUCUGUACAACACAAGCACAAAGAUCCUCGCACGUACAACGACCCAGGAUCGAAUGUUAAAGUCUGCAGAGAACUUCAUGGCUGGCUUCUUUGGCCUCGAAUGGACCAAAAAUGCGACUCUGGAAGUUGUCAUUGAGCAAUCAGGCUUCAACAACACGCUUGCCGGUUACUUCCAAUGCAACAACAGCAACAACUACUACUCAACAGGUGGCAACAACGCAAGCCGCAUCUGGGAGAACAUCUAUCUCGCCAACGCAACCCAGCGUCUGAAGGCCCUGUCGGGCGGUUACAACUGGACCGUGGCCGAUACCUACAACGCACAAACCCUCUGCCCCUACGAGACAGUCGCCUUCGGCUACAGCGCCUUCUGCGACCUCUUCACCUACGAAGAAUGGCAAGGCUUCGAAUACAGCAUCGACCUCCAGUUCUACGGCAACAACGGCUUCGGCUCCCCCGUCGGCCGCGGCGCCACCUCUACAACCUCCCCGCCGGCGCAACCCAAGCAACGUGACCCUCGACACCUCCUCCGCCACCUUCCCCCUCAACCAAACCCUCUACAUGGACUUCUCCCACGACACAAACAUCUACGCCAUCAUCUCCGCCUCCGCCUCCGCCAAUUCAACCAGUCCCUCCCCGCCACCGGCCCGCCCGCCAACCAGCAAGCCAUCGUCUCCCACAUGACCCCCUUCGGCACCCGCAUGUACUGGGAGAUCAUCACUGCCCCAUCGCCAGUCAAAGCCCAGCGCCCCGCCGGCAGCAACUUAACCAUGUCAGAUUACUACGAGUCAGGCAACACCACGAAAUACGUGCACAUCCUCCUCAACCAGCGCACCAUCCCACUCUACAAAUCCUACCCCGAAUGCGAGGUCCGCGACGACGGCUGGUGUGAGCUAGAGACCUACCUGAAUGUUCUCGGCACGCUCCUCGACCAGGCGGACUACGAGCAGGCGUGCUUUGGGACCUACCCGGUGGCGAAGUAUGGGGAGAUCUCGGACGGGCGGCCGUUGAAUGCGACGAUGAAGGCGAAGAGGGAUGCGAAGCGGGUGCAUCACAGUCUGGCGAGGGAGUUGGGUGCGCAGAGUUUGUGGCAUCGUGAGGCUGUGAUGUGA